GUGGGCGAGGUGCUGGAGACAGCAGGGACGCCAGACGGCUGUGAGCAAGAUGGACGCAAGACGGCUGUGGAAAGAAGGAGAACCCCACCCAGCAACUCAGAGCAGAAAGCAGGGGCAGUGGAUACAACAGUGGUGGUGGCUGCUCCAGGGGCGAUGGCUGCUCCAGGGGCGAUGUCUGCUCCAGGGGCAAUGGCUGCUUCAGUGGGGACGGAGCCCCAAGCGAUCCAGCAAGAAAGCACAGGAAGCCCAUGCGACGGAGAGCAAGACGCCAGAGACUGCAGCAAAGGGCCGCUCAUCAUCAUCAGCAGAGCAGCAGCAGCAGCAGGAGAGGAGGAGCAGGAAAGCUACCAAGAGGCAGUACCAACUCCAGCGGCUGAAAGCCCCACUCUUCCCAGGAGGAGCCUCUUCAAAGCAAGCCUUCCCAAGGCCGACCUUUUCAAGGUGGACCUUCCAAGGGCAGAGCUAUCCCAGCCAGAGUUCCCCAAGGCGGCCCUCUUCAGCAGCAGCGAGCAGUCUGGAGCGACCUCGUCCUCUGAAGUGGGCAUGUACACUGCGCCCGCCUCGCCUGAGGAGGGGGAGGGGGAGGGCGAGAGUAGGAGUAUUCUCGCCCAGAAGGCGGAGGGUAGGAGAGGGGGGGAGGAGAGGGUGGCGGGAGCAGGGGAGGUGACUCCUCCUGGGAGUGGGGAGAAGCAGGUGGUCGGGGCAGAGGGGGCGAAGGCGGAGGCCCUGGACCCGUUUAUGCGGAAGGUGCUUGAGGCAGAGGCGCUGGGAGUGGUUGCUCUUGAGAAGAAAGGAGGAAGGGUGAGGAAUUCGCCAUUAAUGACCAAGGAGCCGUCACCACCCAAGAACCCCUGGUCACCGGUGCGCAAGGCUGAGGUGCGCAAGGCUGAGGUGGGUCCCUAUGACUGCACCAAGAGGUCCCUUGCUGCCUCGCUGGACAGCUUCUCCCUCCCUGCAAGCAGCGGCGGCAUUGGGAGCUUCUCGUCUAGGGGCAAUGGCGGCAGUGGUAGCAGUGCUGCGUUUCACAGUACGGGGCAUGCUGGCAUGCGCAUGUCUUAUGGGCAGUAGGAAACUUUCAUGGCCAUAGAGUAAGCAGGUUAGUACAGUAAGAAGCAUGGGUAUUUAGUGAUGUGGAGAUGCAUGCUAUAGGACUACCUUAGAUCAUGGCAAGAUGACCAUGGGUCAUGAUGAGACACCUUGUCUCUCGUCCUACAGUAGUUGGUCUCUUUUGCUAGCUCCCUGGAACUUUUUGGCUUUGGUGCACAAGCUUUGGUUUCUUUCAC